CGGGUUUCGGUCGGUCUUUGCGUUACCGAUUAUUUUCUUCCAAGUAAGCGGGAGAGUUGACGGAAGAUUCCUGUGGUUUGUCGAACUUUUAUCUCGUCCUCAUGGAUUUUUUCGAUGAAAACAUUGGACUUAGGGAUCAAAUCGAGGAUCUGUUUUGUUCAAAGAUGUACGAACAGGCGAUGAGUACAUGUUGGCAUCUACCAACUUACAAGAUCCAGGUCUUAGUUUUGAAAGAACUCCUGACUCUUCAGCAGAAGCACAUCAUCCCAAAUUACGUGACCAUCGAGGACAUGACUGACCUGAUGGUGGAGAUGGGCCGAGUUUCUCUGAGAGAGCAACUUUGGCAGUUUGACUUGGAGAUGCUGGAUGAUGAAGAUGAGAAGUCUUCCCUUUCACUGGCAUGGAGGGUGAACGUCAGCAACAAAAUGAAUGCUAUCAUGCUGGAAAUCCAAAUGACUCCUGAUCCUUCAGUGACAUCAUCUGAAUCACAGCGGUGCAAAAUCCGGACGCUGUGUCGAAGACAUGUCAGCGCCCUGAGUCAGAAGGCUGUUGAAGCACAUUGUGCCAAACUGACUAGCCUGACCGACGUGGUGCUGGCGGUAGUUCCUAAGGUGUUGCGGGACUUUUGGGUCCGUCCUCCAUUGCAGACCCUCGCCAUGGCUUCCCAGGAGCUCAGCCAAAUGUCUGUGGCUGUGACCAAGGCUGUUUUGGAUCAGAUUUCCAACGGCAACCUCAAGAAUUUCUUCUUCAUCAACUUCUCCCGCGCCAUCAGGAACGACUUGGUCCACGACAUAGAGGAAUCAGUCCGGCUGCUGUACGCAGCUGAUAUCCUGACGGAGAAAAUUGAAGUUAUCGCCCCAGAGCUUUUAAGGAAAAUAGUCAACAUUGCAACUGAGCGCAUCCGUCCAAUGUUUCCGGCUCCGAUCAUUCCCGAACCUGUACCGAUCCCGGUAGAAGAGGACAAUGAAGAAUGGUUUCUGGAAUCAGCUGUGAUUUUGCCUGAAGACAUUGACACUGAAGCUGAAGCAGAAACGAAACCCACCCCUGGGAACUCAGGAGCCAAGUUGGGAAUCAAAAUGCUGUUUUUCCAGUUCAUCACAUCCUUGUGCAUCUUUGCAGGGAGGAAGGUGAACACGGACUAGAUGUGUGGCAUUUCACAAUGCCUUUUAAUUUAUUUAUAAAAGACUUUUUAUGCACAAAGUGUAUUUUUUACCUACUUUUAAAAACCACAAAUGCAAUGUAUAAAUUGACAAUAAA